GCACCCGAACCGCCAGUGACCAGCGUCCUGCAUCCGAUCACCCCUGAGCAAGAACCACUUAAUCCCAAUGUGGCCUUCCGCAUCCAGUCGACCGAAGCGCACUUCACUGAAUACGAAGAGUCUUUCCCGCAGUACGGCAAGAUCGAGCCUGGACGGCACUACCGCAUCGAGAACAAACCAGUACUCACCCGACUAGGCAACCGCGAGACUGACUCCGUGCUCAUCAUCUGCGUCUUCAACGACAAAAACUCAUGGGGAGGCAACCGCACCGUCACGGAUUUUUUCGACCUCGUCGGGUCCUUCAACUACCCGAAGGAGAAAAUCUCCAUCUCGAUGCUCACGUCGUCGUUGGACGAGUUCGCAAAGGUCCGGACGCUGUUGAAGAAGUACAUCCAGUACCCGCGACUGUCGCUGAUGUUCCGCGAUGACUUCGCCCAGAAUGGGCUCACGCGCGGCAACCGCCACGAAGGUCCUCGUCAGGGCGACCGACGGCGUAUGAUCGCACGAUACCGCAACUACGUUCUCAUGUCCAGUCUGGAGACGUGGCACCAGCACGUGCUGUGGCUGGAUGCAGAUAUCGAAAUCAUUCCGUCACAUUUGCUCCCCAAGAUGGUUCAUUCCGGGCUUGAUAUCUUGACGCCCACGUGCUUCAACAGGCACAAAGGUGUUUGGAUCAACUACGACCAGAACGGGUGGGUAGGACAACGCAAGGAGCGUCCGGCUGAUCUGGCCGACGAUGAGUUUUUUAUGCCGGGCCCACUAAGGGUCAAACUCCUCAACACAGUCGACGAUAAAUCGAAGCCUUUCACGCCUAUGGACUCGGUUGGCGGAACAAUGCUCUACGUACGCGCUGAGGUCCAUCGACAGGGUGUGAUCUUCCCCAUGCACUAUGUUAUCGGCAGCAAGUGGGGGCAUGAGGGCUACGACGGCAUCGAAACCGAAGGAUUGUGCUAUACGGCACACUUUUUGGGCUUCAAGUGUUGGGGAAUGGUCAAUGAAUCCAUUCAACAU